GCCACUAGCUCAACGCCCCUUUCGGCAUUCGUUGAUUCACAACUCGCAAGAGAGAGCAGAGUCAUGGCCGUGCUGUGCUCCGCCGCCUAUAAAUAAUGCCCCGACCACCAACAUGGCAUUUACCUACGCAGCACAGCAGCAGCAGAGCAGAGCUUCGCCAUUCAGCUAGAGUGGUGCUACCUACCUAACCCGGUUGACCCCUAGAAAGCAUGGACGUUGAGAGCUCCGCGGCGCAUGAGGUCUCCGUCGACUGGCGGGGCCGCCCCUGCGAGCCGGGCCGGCACGGCGGCAUGCGCGCCGCCGUCUUCGUCCUAGGCAUCCAGGCGUUCGAGAUCAUGGCGAUCGCGGCGGUGGGGAACAACCUCAUCACGUACGUGUUCGGGGAGAUGCACUUCCCGCUGUCGGAGGCGGCCAACGUGGUGACCAACUUCGUGGGCACCAUCUUCCUCCUCUCCCUCCUCGGCGGCUUCCUCUCCGACUCCUACCUCGGCUGCUUCUGGACCAUGCUCACCUUCGGCUUCGUCGAGCUAUCGGGCUUCAUACUACUGUCAGUGCAAGCACACCUUCCGCAGCUGAAGCCGCCGCCGUGCAACAUGGCGUCCAUGGACGGCAGCUGCGAGCAGGCCAGGGGCUUCAAGUCCAGCAUCUUCUUCGUCGCGCUCUACCUGGUGGCGCUCGGCAGCGGCUGCCUCAAGCCCAACAUGAUCGCGCACGGCGGCGACCAGUUCUCCGGCUCCGACAAUGCCAAGAGUCUCUCCACCUACUUCAACUCCGCCUACUUCAGCUUCUGCCUCGGCGAGCUCGUCGCGCUCACAGCGCUCGUCUGGGUGCAGACGCACUCCGGGAUGGACGUCGGCUUCGGCAUCCCCGCCGCAGCCAUGGCCGCCGGCCUCAUCAGCCUGGUGUCCGGCGCGGCCUUCUACCGGAACAAACCUCCUCAGGGCAGCAUCUUCACUCCUAUUGCAAGGGUGUUCGUCGCCGCCUUCACCAAGAGGAAGCAAAUCUGCCCUACCAAUACUGGCAACGCCGGAGUUGGCGAGCCGGCACGCCUCGCCGGCAGCUUCCGCCACGGCAACAAAUUCAGGUUCUUGGACAAGGCGUGCGUCAGGGACGCGGCGCAGCAGCAGGGGGGCAACACGAAGCCGGAGAGCCCAUGGCGGCUGUGCACGGUGUCCGAGGUGCAGCAGGCCAAGACCCUCCUCGCCGUGACGCCCAUCUUCGCCUGCACCAUCGUGUUCAACACCGUGCUGGCGCAGCUGCAGACCUUCUCGGUGCAGCAGGGCAGCGCCAUGGACACCGUCCUCGGGGGCGCCUUCCGCGUCCCGCCGGCGUCGCUGCAGGCCAUCCCCUACGCCAUGCUCCUCCUGCUCGUCCCGGCGUACGAGCUCCUCCUCGUCCCGUUCAUGAAGAGGCUCACCGGGACGCGCUCCGGGAUCACCCCGCUGCAGCGCAUCGGGGUCGGCCUCGGCACCGUGGCCUUCUCCAUGGUCGCCGCCGCCACCGUCGAGCGCCGGCGCCGCGACCUGUCGGCGUCCGGGGGGCGGAUGUCCGUGCUGUGGAUCGUGCCGCAGUUCCUCGUGUUCGGGGUGUCGGAGAUGUUCACCGCCGUGGGGCUCAUCGAGUUCUUCUACAAGCAGGCCUGCGCCGGCAUGCAGUCCUUCCUCACCGCGCUCACCUACUGCUCCUACGCCUUCGGCUUCUACCUCAGCUCCGUGCUGGUGACCACGGUGAACAGGGUCACGGCGAGGCACGGCGGCGCCGGCGGCUGGCUCGGCGACAACGACCUCGACAAGGACAGGCUGGACCUCUUCUACUGGAUGCUCGCUGCGCUCAGCGUGCUCAACUUCUUCUGCUACCUGGUAUGUGCAAGGUGGUACAACUCUGGUGCCGAUGGCUCUGAUGCUGCCUCGGCUCAGAUUGCAGCAGAGGGUGAUGCCAAGGAGAUCAGCUGAACACCUACUACAUGGAGACUGAACCUGUAUAUGCGUAUAGAUAUAUGUAGAAAUGCAUGAAAAGUAGUGACGGGGAAAGAAGUGCUAGGUUAAGAAGAAGGUUUCCUUUGAUAAGGAAUAGAAAGUACAUUAGCAUGGCUAAGAAAGUACUUUAGCAUAUGUAUGCUAGUUCUACUACCACAAAGCAUAGUCUUCAGUAAAAACUUAUUUCAACA